AUGACCACGUACAAUGUCCUAGGGGAAAUAACCACGUUUGAUGAAAAGGAGACCAUAAUUUCGCAUCAGUAUGCAAGAAUUAGGAAGAUAGAGAAUGUCGACAAAUGCAAGAACCUGAAGAUCCUUCAGCUCAUAUCCAACUGCAUCGAAAAAAUUGAAAAUUUGGAAAACAAUUUGGAAUUGGAAAACCUAGAAUUAUAUGAAAAUUCUAUUAAAAAAAUAGAGAAUAUAUGCAUGCUUACAAAUUUAAAAAUACUAGACCUUUCCUUCAACAAAAUUAGGAUCAUUGAAAAUAUAGACACACUAAUAAACCUAGAGGAGCUAUAUCUAUCGAGCAACAAAAUUGCAAAAAUCGAAAAUCUGCAAAACUGUAAAAAGUUGAGAUUACUAGAAUUGGGGUACAAUAAAAUUAGAAAGAUUGAAAACUUGGAAAAUUUAACAAACUUAGAAGAAUUAUGGCUCGGAAAGAACAAGAUAGAAGAACUAAAUAUACCCUUUUUCCCUAAAUUAAAAAAAUUAAGUUUGCAGCAUAAUCGUUUAACAAAUUGGUCUGUUGAUUCCAUCCAAAAUAUACCCCAAGUUACAGAAUUGUAUGUGAGUUAUAAUAAAUUAAGUUUCAUUAUAGACAACAUAAAAGAAUUAAAACAUCUAAAGGUUUUUGAUUUAUCAUAUAACGAAAUUGAAAAUAUAUUAAUAUGUUCAGAAUUAAAAUCAGUAGAAGAAUUGUGGUUAAAUAACAACAAUAUUCAUAACAUUGAAAUGAUUAAAAAUUUAAGAGAAAAUGAAAAUUUAAAAACUUUAUAUUUGGAAAAAAAUGAAAUCCAGGAAACAUUGAAGGAUAACUAUAGGUCUCAGAUAAUUUCGAUUCUUCCCCAACUAAAGCAGUUGGAUGCAUUACCUAUUAGCCCUAUAAAAGUUUCUCAGAGUCAAACCAGUAGUCGUCCAAAAGAAUAA